AUGGCUAUGAACGAUCAGCACAGCAUGUCUCACGACGAGCUUGCUGCCAUGUUCUCCCGCAACAUGACACUUCAGCAGCUGCAGCAACAGUCAGUUGAGCAGCAACAGCCCAUUCAGUCCAUGGAAACGAAAGCCGAGCCAGAGCCGGAACCCAUCGUCUAUGCGUCGGUACACUACACCCAUUCAGCACAUAUAGCUCAAGCACAAGAACCCGAGGUCGAGCGCGAGCGGCCUUCUUCCGAACCGCCCCAAUCUCGACAACCAUCCGCCGAGGACAUCCUCAAACACUAUGGUGUCAACCCCGCCAUGCUCUCAGCAGCCCAGAUGGACCUGUUCAGAACCGCCGAGGACGCCCAGAAGGAGAGAUUGAUUGAGCUUUGGCAUAUCUGCCCUCCUAACAAUGCCCAAGAGAACCCAACCAGCACAAAUGUUCAGCAAGAGGAAAUGCUGGCUCAGCUGCGAUACGAGAGGAAGCUUCAGGAGGAAGCUGACCAGCAGAAUCUCAUGAGUAUGGAUGGUACUCCUUUGACACCAGUCCAAACCGGACAAGGCGAGUGGACCGGAACUAUUUCCUACAUGGAGCCCUACAUGAUGUCGGGGUACGAAGAACUGGCCAGACGCGAGUACGAGGAGACCGCCAGACGCCAAUACGAAGAGGAAAUGAAUAGCACCAAGAAUGUCUACUCCCACUUUGGAUCAGCCGUUGGAGGCCCGAAUUAUCGCCAGGCUACGGAUCCUGCCUACAACACAACCAAUGAUUGGGACCGUCAAAGACAAGCGAUGGAGAACCAAUAUGGAGCCUUCCAAAUGGGCGGUCAUAUGGAUUUCUAA